AUGAAUAAUUACAGGUCAAGCACUGUUGUGUCAGAAUCAUUGGAAAACGUCAGAGUGGUACAGAGUGCAACCGUGCAACGUGACGACCGGUUAGGCUGGGCUGCACACGGCACCACAGCUGGGCUGUGCGAUAUAUCAAGACUGAAGGCGGCGCCUAUCAUCGAGACAUCAAGAGUCGCUAUUAUCGAUCUGUCGCAGAUAACCAGAGUCCCUUCCAAACAGGAGACAUGCCUCCUCCGUCGUGCUGCGCCAGUUGCUGCGGAACUACCGAACCUUGCACAGCCAACUGUAAAUGCAGCUCUUCCUGCAAUUGUACGAAGUGUCCGUGUGGCAGCAAAGAUUCGUCAGGUACCAAGUGAGCUGUUGGCACUGCACGCAGAAAUGGGUGUAACGACAUGGUUGUUGCCUUCGACAAGGAUGAUCACCACCUCUGCUAUGAUUAAAAACCUUGCAUUGCCUAUGUUUAAGAAAAAUAAAGUUUUUGAAAUGUAACAA